AUUUCUCACUCUGUAUCAUAUCACUCAAAUAAAAACAUAACCUUUAUUACAACUUCGUUUUCACAAAAUUUUAAGCUAAUUUGCAGUAAUAAAACUUUAACUUAAUAUAUUUUGAUUCAAUUUCGCACACAUUUGAAAGAAAAAAAUAAAACCGCAGUAUGGCAGACGAUGGCGAAAACGUGUCGGUUAUGACCGUAAAAGAACCCUUAGACCUUAUAAGACUAAGUUUAGACGAGAGGAUUUAUGUUAAAAUGAGAAAUGAACGAGAAUUGCGAGGCAAGUUACAUGCUUUUGAUCAACAUUUGAAUAUGGUUUUGGGAGAUGCAGAGGAAACAAUAACAACAGUUGAAAUUGAUGAAGAAACAUAUGAAGAAGUUUACAGAACAACAAAACGGAAUAUUCCGAUGUUAUUUGUAAGAGGUGAUGGUGUUAUACUUGUGUCACCCCCUGUACGAGUUGGACUUUGAAAUAGAUAAUAAAAAUACAUGUAAAAUCAAUUUUA